UAAUACUCUGUUGACUAUAAAACCGUCCUCUGGGAAAAAAUGUCCCCUUCACUUCACAUUCGCUCGCCACCAAAGUUAGCCAAAAAGAAAGAAAAAAAAAAAGUAAAUUUCUUUCAAGAGAGAGAGAGAGAGAACAAAACGUCUCAUUCGUUCCCUACACAUCAAUCCCAAAAACCUAAAGCAAAACCUUUGAUUCUUUUAUCUCCAUCACCAACAACAAAACUCCCCUGUUUUUUCACUUCCUCUGUUUUCUCUUCGUUAACAUUCGAGAUAAGUCAUGGGAUAUUCCGGCAAACCUCACCACCAACUCGACGGCGAGAUACGAGAAACCACCGACGGUAAGAAAUGGGUCAUCGCCGGAAUUCCCUCGCGUUCGCCGCUCAAGCAGAUUAACCUUUCUUCCGGCGUCACAGUCACCGAAACAGAGGAGCAAGAUCAGUGUCCGACGACCCCUACGGCGGUUUCCGUCAGAAUUCCAAGGGUCCCGCCCUGUCCAGCGGCACCAAAGAAGCGAAAACCGUCGUUGAAGUGCAGUUACGGUGCCGGCGCUAGAGAUUUCUUCUCUCCGCCGGACCUCGAAACCGUUUUCAUUCCGAGAGCUAGUUAUUAACUCUGUUUUCACAACUCUAAGAAUUUAGAAACUAAAUUUACUCUAUUUGUUUCUCAGUUGUAUUAAUGUUAGGACACUAAUCAAGGUUAGUGAAUAGGAAGUGUUGUUUCAUGUUUAUGUACAUUUUUAUCUCCCUUUGUUUUCAGUAUAAUUGAUGUAUAUGAUUUCACUUUUAAUUAAGCUUUUAUUCAUUUACAAUUU